GCCAGUUGUCCUUGUGAUUUUCAAAAAGAGAGCAAAUAUGAAAGUGCUGGCGUUCUUGAUGUGUUUGCUGGGCUCUUCACUAGCUGCCCCUGCCCCUGACAGUGGCAGCAAUGAGCAGGCAAUUAUUGGUCAUGCUAACACAGCUCUGCAGUUGAUGGAACUCUACAGAAUGUUAGGACAUCUGCAGCAACAGGGUUUUGGUGCUGUUCCUACUGGUGCUCAACUGCCUGCAGCACCUGCAGCACCCGUAGCACCCGCACCUGCUGAUGCCCAGCCUCAAGUUUCACCUCAAGCACCACAGCAGGGCUUUUUUUUCAACCCCGCUCUUUUCGCACCUACAGGAGAUGGAUCAGAUGAGGAAGGAGCUCCACAGUUUCGUGGGUUUUACCCUCCCUACGGCUACCAGCCUGCCCAGCCGGCUGCUCUGUUGAACUCAGAUGAGGCCGAAGUGGCAGAAGAAGCAGAGGGUGCAGAAGCAGCUGAGGCUGGAGCCGAACCUGAACCUGCUGGAACCGCUGCAACUGUUGAUGCUACUGCUGUAAACGAGAUUGCACCCAUGGAUGUUGCCAUAGAGGUUCCUGUUGAACCUGUCAUUGCUGCUGUUGUUCCGUCUCUCAUCCCUGAGGUACCAGCAGUCGCUGUGGAAAUCGACACCACUUUGGUGGGGCCUGAUGCUGCUGGUGCAGAACAGGUGUUGGUGGCUGAUGCUCCUGAUGCUGCUCUGCCAGUGCAGUAAGAGAGAUUAUCACAAGCCCCGCCCCCAAUAUCCUAACCAAUCAGUCACAUCGCUGACAUUAAGACCACAACUCUAUGGUCUGAACAUUGUAGC